AUGAGCUUUAUCGAGAAACACAACAUUGUCCACAGCGGGAGCAUGCCAUCAAAUCAGAUAUGUGGCCUCUGGAAGAUCUGGCAAGAGGAGCGAGCAACUCCAUCAGGUGCCUCCUUGAUCUCGGACAUGCCAGUUCCCAAGGCUCACUCGGCCCACAUGACUCUCAGCACUACCCAUGCGGCCAGCCCAGCCCAAGCGACCCGCAAGUACUUUGCUGGUGUCAACGGUAGACCGGAUCGCAGUCAUGGCAACAUCAUUCGAGUCGAUACUUCUGCCUUCAUGAUGUUUGAGGAUAUCCCUGAGCUUGUCGCCCUCAACCGUUACAGCCAUUCCUGA